AUGGGUUUCUUCAGUACGCAUGCGUCGGGGACGCUUGAUCCCCCAGAGGUCAGAAAUUGGCGAAUCCACCUUAUUGCCUUCGUCGCUUCGAUGUCUGCUCUUGCCAUGGGAUACGACACUGCCGUGAUCGGAGGAACCAUGGCUCUGGAUUCUUUUCGCCGGGAUUACGGCUUGGAUGAAGUAUCCCAGACGACUCGCGACACUACGCAAGGCAACAUUGUCUCGACCUUUCAGGCCGGGUGCUUUUUCGGCGCUCUUCUGACCUUCCCUAUCGCCGAGAAAUGGGGCCGCAAGAAGACCGUCAUGUUGGCCUCUCUUGUCUUCCUGCUCGGUGGUACCAUCAUGACAGCGGCCCGAGGCAAUAUGAACAUGAUUGUUGGUGGGCGUGCCGUCGCCGGCUUGGGCAUCGGUGCCUCUAGUUUGACAGUUCCGGUAUACAUCUCGGAGACAGCUCCGCCCUCAAUUCGAGGAAGACUGGUGGGAAUCUUCGAAAUUGCAUCACAGGGUGGUGGUAUGCUGGGCUUUUGGAUCAACUAUGCGACCGACCAGACCAUCAACGUGGAGAACCAGUCCCAGUGGAUCAUCCCGCUGGCCCUUCAACUGGCGCCCGGGGUGCUCCUCUUCGCUGGUAUGUGGUGGUGUCCGGAAUCUCCUCGAUGGCUUGCCAGAGGAGAUAAUUUUGACGGAGCAGAGAAGAUUCUGACCUACCUGCGAAUGUUGCCCUCGGACCAUCCCUAUAUUCGUCAGGAAUUGGGCGAAAUCCGUGCACAGGUCGAGCAACGCAGCACCCUCCGUAUGAGCAAGAAGGAGCAAGUCAAAAAGUUGUUCCAGAAGGGCACUCGCAAUAGGUUGGGCAUUGGCCUUGCACUCAUGUUCCUACAGAGCUUUACCGGCGUCAACAUCAUCACCUACUAUUCGCCCCGUAUCUUCGAGACUCUCGGCGUAUCUGGAACCUCAUUGAGGCUUUUCUCCACGGGAUUCUAUGGUAUUGCCAAAACAUUAGGCAUGUGCGCCUUCACUUUCAUCGUGGUAGAGAGAGUCGGUCGCCGAAAAGGUCUGAUCUGGGGUGCCGCUCUUGGGUGCAUCCCCAUCUGGUACAUCGGCGCCUAUUGCAAGAUUGUUGACCCAGCCGCCGCCGCCGCUGCCGGUGAAACCCAGCAGACUGGCUGGGGAUAUCUGGCCAUGGUCUGCGUAUAUGUCAACGCUUUCAUCAUAUGUGCCACCUGGCAAGGCAUCACUUGGACAUAUGCCAGUGAGAUCUUUCCGCUGGACAUCAGGAUGUUGUGCGUGGCUCUAACCACCGCGGAUACCUGGCUUGGAAGCUUCAUCAUUGCUCGUGCAACGCCUUACAUGAUCUCGGACCUUGCCUACGGAGCAUACUUCUUUUUCUCCGCGGUCCUCGUAUGCAUGGGCAUUUGGGCCUUUAUCUUCGUCCCAGAGACAAAAGGAAUUACGCUCGAGGAGAUGGACGCAUUGUUUAUGAAACCCAUGCACAAGGCUGUGUGGGCACAGCUUCGGGGUAGGCAGAUUUUGCCUGCUGAAAGGGCGAUGUCGCCGUCACUUGCUGACGAGAAGCUGGACAUCAAUGUCGAGCAGCUGGAGCGGCAGCGUACGCCGUGA